AGUAUCACCGUUUAUUUGCUAUCUUUGCCAUACAUUUCUUAUCUAUAAUUCAUGGAUUUUUCAUCCUCCAGGUUGGAGCGGUGAAGAAGCAGUGUUCAAAACCAUGAACACCUUAAUUUCACACACUCUUUGCAAUGCCCACUUGUUGAAUUUAAACAUUACAAAAACAAGUUUUAUAUUGCAUUCUCACAAGUGUAGAUACAAAAGACUAAUCAAACUGUAUGCAUCAUCAUCAUCUUCAAAUGAGCAACAACUCAACACAAACACUGUUGAGGAGUUGAAGAAAGAAGCAAGUGGGGGAGGCAAGAUUCAAGAAGAUGAUGAGAGCAAAGGAGCAACUCAAGUUUUAACUUCAGCAAUUGACAAAGAUCUCAAAAAGGCUGUUCAGAAGACUGCAGCAACUUUUGCACCAAGGGCUUCAACAGCAUCUAAAAAUCCUGCCGUCCCUGGAAGUACACUGUAUACUGUGUUCGAGGUUCAGGCUUAUAUUUCAAUGUUGCUAGGAGGAGCACUCUCAUUCAAUCUCCUGUUUCCAUCAAAUGAACCGGACAUAUGGAGACUAAUGGGGAUGUGGUCCAUCUGGAUGUUUACUAUUCCUUCCCUUCGAGCCCGGGAUUGCUCAAAGAAUGAGAAAGAAGCCCUCAAUUAUCUCUUCCUUCUCGUCCCUCUACUAAAUGUUGCAAUCCCAUUUUUCUUGAAGUCUUUUGCAGUUGUGUGGUCUGCAGAUACUGUAGCCUUCUUUGGGAUGUAUGCAUGGAAAAUGGGGUGGCUACAGAAAACAGAGAAAUGAUCUCCUCCUUUCAAACAUGUCUUGUUCACAUUCUUCCGUCGAAUCAGUUUAGUAAAUGCCGUGAAAGUGACAAAUCUCGGCAUGUGCAGCAGAUUUUGAGUAUAGGCCUGACAAUAGUUCAGGCGAAAAGAAGAAUCUGAUUAGAGAAAAAGAAGAUGAGUUGCAAGGAUUUAUCCUAUUGCAGUAAUUGAAUUUUCACGUCUGGUGGCUUGCUGUUACAUAAUUAUAUUUGAUGGUGGAAAGUUUGUUUAGCCGCUAAAAUUUGUAUAUUGUAGGGGUAAAGAAAAAGUUACCUGGACCCAAAAAAUGUUUUGAUUGAAUAUACCAAUUUUCCAAUUCA